AAAAAGUACACACACUACACUUCCGCAUCUUGCUGCUGCUUGUGCUGCAUACGGGUUGCGAGGGGCAACAGGCUGAGGAGGGGCUCGCAGAGUGUGGUGGUCACCACCUGCUACAUGAUUAAGAAUAAACAUGGCGUCAUUGUUUGGAAUCAACAGGUCGGCGUUGGCUUAUUCUAUGACAACGUUGGGCGCAGGAAUGAUAAACCAUAUAUUUUAUUUUUACUACGUGAAGCUGUUUCUAAACCAGUAUAAGAUAUCAGAGGGAGCCUUUCACAAGGCACAGAUUGUGUUCAUGAUAUGGAAUGCCAUCAACGAUCCCCUCUUUGGUUAUAUACAAGAUAACUCCAAAAUACCAUUCUGCUCAAAACGCAGACUUUCCAUUCUUUACGGCGCUCCAUUUUACACCCUGGCGUUUCUCCUUCCCUGGUUUCCUUGGAGAAAUUACGCAGAAGGCGAUUGGCUAAGUGGUGUGCACCUAGUCGUGGCACUGUGUGUGUUUGAUGGCAUGCUUACCUUUGUUUUGCUGGCACAGUGUGCCCUUUUUACCGAGAUUUCAACCAAGCACGAUACCCGCCUGCAGCUAAUUAAGUAUAAUCAAAUGGCUUCGUUAUUGGGAUCUACAAGCAUCCUAUUUUGUGGGCUGGUGUCUAACAACAUGGAACAUUUCCCUCGUUUUCAGGUCUUUACUGUCAUCUUGGCAGUUUUGUCCACCGCAUGUAUGUGUUACACUGGGGUAUUUAGCAGAACGCAAUAUGAGCAAGAGGAAAAGCAGCCUGAUUACUGUAAAUCAGAACCUCCUCUAUCUCUGUCGUCUGUUAUAAGACUCACCAUACAAAUCCUCAAAGAAAAGAAUUUUCUCAUUUUUAUUUCAAUGAAUUUUUUUCAAGUCUUUCAUGCCACUUUCUGCAGCAACUUCAUGAUGAUCUUCGCAGAUAACCUCAUCCCUACAGAUGCACUGCCCUCCAUCGUACGAAGCUUCAUGUACGGAGCUGGCUUCAUUUGCCCUCAGCUCAUUGUUCUAAUCAGCCACUCGCUAUUGGGGCAGAUUGGAUAUUACAAGAUGAUCUUGUACUGUUUCUACAUAGAAGCAAUUUCAGCGGUUUUUAUGCUGUUUAUAGGAGCUCAGCAUUAUUAUAUUCUGGCCGUCUUCCUCACUGGGAACAUGGUACUCGUCUCUGCCACGUUCAGUGUGUUUAAUUUACCACUUGCCGAUAUUGUGGAUGCUGAUUUAGCAAGAUACAAACGCAAGUCCCCCCUCUCCUCCAUGGUGUUUGGGACAAAUGCUCUUUUUACUAAGCCUGCCCAGUCUUUGGCUCCCAUGUUGGUGGUGACUAUACUCAAUCAGUACGGAUAUGAGAACUUAGCCAAGGACAGUAACGUGCAUGAUCCCAGCAUGUUACUAGGUCUCCACCAAGUCAUGUUUUAUUUGACCUGCAUUGUACCUCUAUGUAUCGCUGCCGUGCAGAUUAUAAUAUGGACGCCAUACUCCAUACGGGACAGCCAUGAAACCACGUCACAGUAACGCCAGAUUGUGUACGCUCAUGCCGGGAAACAUACUUUUUUUUUUAUACACUCUAGGAGAUGGUUUUGGUGCCUUAUAUUUUUUUAUUUUAAACUUUUAUGCUAAGAAUUUUCUAUGAUAAAAAACAAAUAUCUAAAAUUUUGUGUAACCUGUAAAUGAUCUGGCUCCUUUAAAAAUGUAUAUUUGGGUGUUUUUGUUUUUUUAAAAAUAUAUAUAAAUAAUGGAAAAGGGA